CAGCAGCGGAGGGGAGUGGAGGAGAGCGAGACAACGGGAGGCGAUGCAAGUGCUGCGACGCCGUGGAAGCGCGAUCCUUGGGGGCGGCAAAGCCGGGGCGCGUUUGCGGAGUGAGUGCACCCACUCUCUACCGCCGACGCCCCGGGGCUGCCGCUGCGCAGCCGGGAGGAAGCCGUCGCUGAAGCGAAGCAUGAUGGGGCGACGGCGAGGGCUGAUCGCAAGGAGGAGGCCAUGCCGCAGGCGCAGGUGCAGCAGCAGCAGCGAGAAGACGCGCGUGGGCUGCACUCGCGGCAGAGCGGCACGCUUGCUUCUCCUCCUCCUCCACCCUCUCUCGCGCGUCGCAUCCUCAGUGUCGGGCAUCCGGCUGCUUCCGUCUCCUUCUCUCUCUCUGCAUCUGCCGCUCUCGCUGCGCUCCCGUCGCAGCACGCCUCUCUCGCGCCGCCAUUCUCGCCUCACCUCGCCGCCCCGUCUGCCUUGGCACUCUGCGCCACUCCCACCGUCGCGCCGGCGAUGGCUGCUUCUGCUCUGGGCGACGCGCGCCGCGCUGCUCCUUGCUCGUCGUCGCCGCCGCCGCCGCCGCCGCCGCCGCCGCCGCCGCCGCUGCACAAUGUCUUGCUCGGCGCGCACGUCGUGGCCUCGUCGUCGCGCGCCGCCGCAAAGACGCUCGUCUCGUGCGAUGCCGAUGCGGCAUGGCCCUCCGCAGCUGGGCCGGCGCACACGCUGCACCUCCGUCUCGCGGCGCCGCUCCGCUGGCGGCAGGCGAGGCAGGUGACCCUGCAGGCGCAGGGCGGAUACUGUCCGGGAAGCGUGGAGCUGUGGAGUUGCGACGAGCCGGGCGACGACGAGGAGCAGGCCGAGGAGAGCGAGGAAGAGGAGGGGGAGGAGGAGGACGUGGGCUGGCAACGAGAGUCGAAUGUGGAGGCGCUGAGAGGGGAAAGGAUGGCAGAGUGGCAGUUAAGCGAUGAGAAUGGAGGACAGACCCUGCGGUGAGUUAGACUCGAGGGGAUGGAGGCAUGUGAGCUGCGCAAAGGAGGUGACCGGGAGGGGAUGAAGGCGUCGUGAGCCAUGUCUCGCGGGCAUGCUUUGCGUGCAAGCGGCAGAGCGCACAGCUACUUUGGGUGUCCAGCCGCUGCGCUCUCAGCCUAGGCUUGCCUUCCUUUC